GUCGUGGCUCUGGAAGUCGUAAGUCGGUUGAGAGACGAGUGCUUUAAGGCGGGCCGCCCUGUCACGCUCGCGCUCUCCGCGUUCCCGCGAUCCACGCAGCCGCUUCUCGACAAAUAUCUCAACAAAAGGCUUUCUGAAGAGGACCUCCAGGUGGCAGUGAGCCAUUGGUCCAAGGGUCGCUUCGAGGAGAUGGUUCCGCUCCUUCGGUACUGCCGCGACUCGGGCGUCCGCCUUUUCGCGUGCGGCGUACCUCCCAAGAUCCUGCGCACGGUGCAGGCCGGCGGAGUGCAAGCCCUCGCGCCCAUCGACCGCCAGCGCUACGCCCCUCCCCUCGGCGGUUUCCCCGCCCCUUCCCCCUCCGCAUCAACGGACCAACUGCUUGCCACCUCCCCCUCCUCGGCGGCGUCCGCGACGGCGGGGCUGUGGGGGCUGGAGCCGGCGGCGGUGGCGGCGGAGGUGUAUUCGCGGGAGGCGGUGUCGCGCACGUCGCUGCCGUUCGGGCCGGGACCGUACUGGUUCGCGCAGGCGCGCGUGGUGGAGCAGCACGCCGUGGCGCGCAGCAUCGACCAGGCCAUGGCGGACGGCGGAAUCGUCGGGCUGCUCGUCGUCCUCACGGGCGCAUCGCAAGUGCGCUACGGAGCCCAGGGUUCCGGAGUUCCUGCCCGGAUCAACAACGGGCAGCUGAAAACUUCCGCCGCGUCGCAACGAGUGGUUCUCCUCAACCCCGAGCGGCAGCGCAGCCGGGCAGAUGGCGAGAUGCCCGAAGCCGAUUUUUUCUGGUACUCGGGCAGCCGCAUGUGCACUCAAAACUGUUUCGACCGGGCGGAAAUCGCGCGCGUGAUGGGUGCAGCGGGGAGAACCUUCGACAACCUACCGCAGGACCUACAAACGGGGAUAGAACGCGGAUUAAUCUCCCCGGAUACGCUCCGUUCGUUCUUCGAGUUAGAAAGCCACCCGCUAGUCGCGGAGGCGACGAAGCGCUUCCAGGGAUUGCGGGAGCGCGUGUACGCGGAUCCGCGGUUCCUCCAACGGAUAGUAACGGAGGAGGCGAUUAGCCUUACGACGGCUCUUCUCGCGCAGUGGGAGAAGCGGCGCGAUCGAUUCUGGUCGGAGAUCGAGUACGUCGCGACGGACGUGCUGCGAGGCGUUAUCGUUAAUUUCUUCACCGUCUGGUUACCCGCUCCCACGCUCUCGUUCCCCGCCGCCUCUGCCGCCUCUUCUAUCGCGGGCUCCGCAGCAGCAGGAGCGGCGGGCGCGGCGGGCGCAGCGCAAGGGCCGGUGCAGCAGCUGGUAUCAGGGGUGGGUGCGUGGGCCGCGACGCUGCCGAAGAACGCGUUUCAGAGGGCGACGCAGCCGGGGCAAGACUGGGGGCUGCAGCAGCGGCUCGCGUCCAUCCUCUUUACAAGCGGGAAGCUGUUCACUGUAGGGUUCUCGGCGAGUGUUGGCACUAUCUCCUCAUUCUCAGUCUCUGAAUCAGGUGAAUCUCUGCCUCCUGCCGCGCAAGAACCUGCACCACCUACCACCAGGACCCUCACUGAAACAACCAACGGAUCGGAGGGAACGGAUUCUGCAGCAGCCCUUACAGACGCUCUCCUUGACACGCUCCAAGAAUCAGACGAAUCAGUGGCUGCGGCUGUUGACCGCCUGAUGACCACUGCUCCUGAUUCCCCACUCCCUCUUGCGGCUCUUGGGCUUGAAAUCGCUGAUGCUGAGAGGAGCGAGUGUGGUGGUGCUCGGGGGAUAACAAAUGAAGAGAUUCUCCUGGACUCAGUUGAGCUGUCUGUCCCCUCCUCUCCCCCCAUGGGAUCUGUCAUCUCGCUCGAGCACGUGACAAGGGUAGGGGAUGUGGAGCUGCUUCCUUCUCUGGAUUCCUCCAUCCCUCUUGACUCGCUUGACUGUCUGUCUCCUCUUGAGUCCCUUCCCUGCCUUGACUCCCUUCCUACUCUCGACUCGCUUCCUUCAAUUGAUUCUCUUGCUUCUGCCGAUUCUUUAGAAAUGCUUGCGGUGGUCCCUGCAGUGGUGUCUGUUGAUGGCCCUGCUGGCUCAGUCGCAGCAGAAGCAGCGGCUGGGAUGGAGGUGCGCUGGCUGAGGGGCAGCAGCAGGACCCGCAUCGGAUGGAGCAAUGGAAGGAGAAAGGGACAGUUGAAGCCUGAAGCAGCAGGAUAG